AUUCAUUAUAAAAUUAUAUUCAAUAUAGUGCCAUGUGAAGAACUGUACAUAUUGCGUUGUUGCGAUAUUAGGUGCGAUUAUUAAAUUCAGAUCAAAGGAAUAAAAUAACAUAUAUUAUAUAUGUAACUGAGUAUGAGCAAGGAAAUUCCAUGUUUAAAUUUUGGUGUUGUGCUUUCGUAAUAUUUUCGGAUUAAUUUAUGAAGUAGAGAGGUUAAGUAAUGACAGAAAGGUGUUGAUUUAUUUUGCAUUCAGUGUACAAUAUUAUUGAUGAAGCAAUGAAAACUCUUUCUCAUAUCUUUCAAAGAGCGAAACAUUUAUGUGUUUGUUUUAUAAAGUAUGAACAUUAAUUUAUUAAAAUAAUAUACGAAGAAAAAAGUUAAAAAAUGAAUCCAAAUGACUCUAUAAUUAUAUGCGAAGCAACUCCAAAGUCAAAGAAGAGAAAGGCAUCUUCUAAAAUAAAAAAUGUGCAAAAAAGUACGAAACAAACAUUUUAUGAAAGUCCACUGAAAUAUAUUCAAUUCAGUAACAAGAGAAGAAGACAAACGCAAAAAAGAUUAGUUAGUAAUACUAAUCAAGUCUCUAACAAUAAAAAAGAUCUUUUUCUCUUUGGAAAGGAGUCCUUACAAGACAGCAUUAUUAUUUUAAGCGAUAAUGAAAGUGAAUCAAAUAACAAAGGAAAUGAAAUUAAGUCCAACCAGGAAACAAAAUCGAGAAAGAGAUUUUUAGAUCUGUCAAUAGAUGAUGAACAAAUUUCUGUUUGUGAUUCAAAUGAAACUGUAAAUCAAAAGAAAAAUGUGACAGAAAAAUCUCUAAGAAAGAAAAAGAAAAUAGGCAUUACUGCAUUAUCAGAAAAUAAUUUUACUUGUCCUGCAAUAUCUGAUACAAUAGAUUUGGAAGUUACAACUCUUGAUUUAGAUGAUGAAAACAUAGCUCCAGUAUCAUCAAAUUCUGUGAAUCAAGUAUCAGAUGAUAUUGUUGUGGUGUGGUCAUCUACAAAGACUGUCCCAUCAUCUGCAAACACUGUUCUGGCAUCUACAAAAAUUGUUCCAAUAUCUACGAAAGCUGGUUCACUACCUACAAAAACUGUCCCAGUAUCUAUAAGAACUAUUCCAACACAAACUAUUCCAGUAUCCACAAAAACUGCUUCAGCAUCUACAGAAACUAUUUCAGCAUCUACAAAGACAAUUUCAAUAUCUACAGAAACUGUUUCAACAUCUACAAAAAUUCUAUCGCCUGCAGAAACUCUUGCAUCUGUAAAUCAAUCAAAAGUGGAAACUAUAGAUCAGGAGAAGAAUGAUAGAAUUUUUAUGAUAGAUAAUUCACCAAACCUAAAAAAUCUUAAUUGCUUGCAAUAUAAUGAAAAUACAUUGUGCAUUGAAGAUAUUGGAAAGAAUGAUGAAAAAGACAAAGGUUUAAAAGAAAAAAACACUGUUUUACCUUUCAGCAAACGUGGAAUGAAACUUCCUAAAGCUCAGAAUAUAAGCAAAAAUAUUCUAAUGAGAAAACCAAAGGCAACUCAAAGACUAAGGAAUUUUAGACAAGUGUCAAACUAUACUACAUCUACUAUGUGUACUACAUAUAACACAAUUAGUACAUCUAAUACAUCUAGUACAUCUAGUACAUCUAGUACAUCUAGUACAUCUAGCACAUCUAGCACAACUACUGUGUCUAGCAUACCUUUACCUAGUGCACCUUUUCCUACACCUUCAAUACCUUCAAUAUAUAAUAUGCAAACUGCAUAUGAAUAUUUUAACUUAUAUGGUUCAUCUAAUUCUGGAUUUCAAACUAAUUUUAAAUCUGGCUUUGAAUUAACUUAUCCUCAGUUAUCUACAGUUGGAUCAUCUGCAUAUCAGCUACCUAAUAAGCUCCGAGAAAUAGUUAUUGAUGGCAACAAUAUAGCUAUGUCGUAUCGAACUAAUAAAAUAUUUGCGGAGGAAGGAAUCAAGAUAGUUGUAGAGUAUUUCCAAAAGAGGGGUCAUACUGUAAAAGUAUUCGUACCUCAUUAUAGAAGAUCACCUGCAAAUCAUCCAUUACUUGAAAAGUUACAUACAGAUGGAAUAGUAAUUUUUACACCAAGUCGUUUCAUCGGUGGUAAACGAAUAACUCCUUAUGAUGAUCGAUAUAUAUUGGAAUAUGCAACAAUGUGUGGGGGUGUUGUAGUUUCUUUAGAUCAAUACAGAGAUUUAUAUCUGGAAAAACCAGAAUGGCGCGAUACAAUCGAAAAGAGAUUAUUAACUCCAACAUUUGUAGGAAAUUAUGUUAUGUUCCCUGAAGAUCCUCUAGGGAGAGGUGGUCCUACGCUUGAAGAAUUUCUAAGAUACUGAAUAUAAAAAGUAGGAAGGAGACAAUGUAAAUAAUUAAUUUUAUUUAUGCAGAUAAAUUUUUGAAAUUUCUUUUAUUUUAUUUUUUUUAUUAUAUAGCACAAAUAUUUUUGGUAAGGAGCAUACACUCAUUAUAAGAAUAUAAAUAUGUACAGCCAUAUAUAUUUAUUAUUUACACGAGUAUACAAAACAUUUUCGAUAAAAAAUAUUAUCAUAAAAAUUUAUAUAACAUUUAAUUUUAACGAUUACUUAAUAAUAAAUUACAGUACAAAAUAUUAUAUAGUAAUAUGAAAAAUAAUUGAUUAAUUUAAUCAACAAAAGAAAGCAGCAUUUUUUUAUCAUAAGAAUGUUUAUAUUUGUUGAUUAUUUUCCAAUAAUUCAUCUGUUAUAUGUAAAGUGCCUAAAUAAAAGUUCAUAUAAUGAGAUAAAAUUAUCGUACGCUUAAGAACAAUAAAAUGGAAAAGAAGAUUUUUGUUUCUAAACGAUUAAAAUAAUAUUUCUGUAUUUAAUAUACAAAAUAGUAUACAAAAUAAUUUAAAUAACAAAUAAUUAUGUAAACAAUAUUUUAUACACAACUAAAAAAGUAGAAAUAUGUGAAUAUGAAAAAAAUUGUUUGAAUUCUUAAAAAAAUAUGUAUUUCAUAAUUGUUCAUUGUGUUCUACUUACUUAUAUUUAGUAUUAAACAAAGCGUUAUUUUUUUAAACAUAAAGAGAUUCAUUUGUUUACAAUCUUUAAUUGGAAAAUUCAAAAUUUAAUGAAUAAAAUCACUUAUAAAUUUACUGACUAA